AUGCAGCUCCCAUCCCUCUGCCUUCUCGCGGGGCUGAUCGUCUCAGUGGCCAAGCCUGGGCUGGGAGGUUAGUGGAGAAGGGUGUGCAAGCUGAGUCAAAGAGAAACGUGUGUGUGUGUGUGUGUGUGUGUGUGUGUGUGUGUUUGGGUUUGCAAGAAAGAGAUGUGACUCUUCUCGUGCACAAGCAGGGAGUUCCUCUCCUCUCCUCUCCAGGAGCUGGUACGAAGGCAGCUCAGGGACUAUUUAUUUUUUAUUGUACUAAUUGCAUUUAUAUCUCACCUUUUUCUCUCCCAGGAGCUCAAGGUGGCGUACGUGGUCCCCCCCCCCUUCCUCAUUUAAUCCCCACACCUGUGAGGUAGGCUAGGCUAAGAGGCACCAUCUCCCCCCCCCCCACGGUCACACCCAGUGAGCUUCAUAGCCAGGGCUGGAUUUGAACCCUGGCCUCUCCCAGGUCCUACUCUGACACCCUAACCGCUACACCGUACUGGCUCCCACUAGGAGGCUGUCUUCUGAAUCAGACUGUUGGUCCACCUAGUCCAGUGUUGCCUACAAUGGCUCUCCAGAGCUCCAGGCAGGACUCUCUGCCAGCCCUGCCUGCAGAUGCCUUUGGGGAUUGGGACCUUCUGCUUGCAUGGCAGCUGCUCUGCCACUCAGGGAUCAGCAGCACCCACUGGCAGCUUUUCUGGAAGACCUUCCUCUCCAGAGAAACACCUUCUCUCCUUCCUCUGGAGCAGAGGAAUUCACAAGAAAGGCCGGCAGGCCAAGAGGAGGCUGGGAGGCAGGGCUGUGACUUGUCUCUGACAGGCUCUGCUGCCCAAAUGGUCUCUUCUUUUCCACCGCAGACGCUGAAAAGGGAAGCCCGCUGCCCUCAACUCCUACCUCUGCCCUGGAGAAAGCUGGCCUGUGCCCACCAGGGAGGAAUCCGGAUGCCCAACCCUCCAAGGUCUUCUGCCUCUCCGACGCUUCCUGUCCCGGCAGUGAGAAGUGCUGCAACGUGGGGACUCUGAGGAUCUGUGCGCAUCCUGCAAUGGGUAAGUGGGGCAGACAGAGGAUGGGAGCAGCGGUGGUGAGAACCAUCUGCUUAGGGGAGGCCAAAUGGUUUGACUUUCUAGAAGCACAGAGUUAAACUAUGGAACUCUCUCCCACAAGAGGCAGGUCAUGUCCACCAGUCUGGAUGACCUGAAAAGAGAAUUAGGCAAGUUCAUGGAGGAGAUGAAUAUCAGGAUGACUCUGCUUCUGAACACCAGCUGCUGGAAGAUACAGGAGGGGCGAGUCACUCUUGCCCUCAGCUCCUGCUUGCAGGUUUCCCAUAGUGGGUGUCUGGUGAGCCACUGUGAGAACAGGAUGCUGGUCUCCCUCGGGAGGUUGUGGACUCUCCAUCACUGGAGGUUUUUAAUCAGAGGUUGGAUGGCCAUCCAGGGCCUUGCAGAGCCAGGCAGAGGCCCAGGCCAGGUAGAUAAUCUGCCCCCCCCUUUUUUUUUACCCUGGGGAUAACUGAAGUCUUAUAAAUAAGUAAGUAUAUAAAUAAUUUUCGCAAAAGUUAUGCUGACAAAUAAUUUUAUUUCAAGGCUUGAACUGUAUCUGCAUAUAAAGACAAAAUGGAAAAUAUAGAUAUACAAUAGUGCUUUUUAAAAAUACAUAGGGAAAAGGAUUAUUUUAAGUAUCUACAUUUAGACUUCUCGCUGAAGUCUUCGCCAGUGGGGUGAAAUUCCAUUCAGGUCACACUUCCAGACAAACCUGCCCGAUUCACUCCUUCCAAAAAUGCAGGCAUCCUCCAAAUUUUUCACUUCUCCAGCACGGCGCAGUUUCCCACAUGAGAAAUCUGAUGAAAGAAUAAGUUAAUUUAGAAUAUGCAGGAAAUGUAAAAAAAAAAUUAGGAACCACAGAAAGAGGAGGGAGGAAGGAAGGAAGUCAAGUUUUGAAAUGUGAGAAUGAUUGUAAAGGUAUUGAAAUGUAUAUAACUGAAAAGCAUAAAUAAAUAAAAAAAACUUUUUUUAAAAAAAGAUGAGAGAUGUGUACAAGACUGCAAAUAACAGGGGAGUGUGUGGAUAAAAAUGCAUGCAUACAUGAAACUGACAUGCAAAUUCCUUGCAAAAUUUGUAUAUUUAGCAAAACUUCACACACAAACAUGUAUAUUUUCAUGCAGAAGAGUCUGCCAAUGGUGACAAGCCAUGACGGUUAUACUCUGCCUCCAUGUCAGACACAGUAAAUGUUUCCGGAUACCAGUUUCUGGAAACCACAGGAGGGGAAAGAGACCUUGAGCUCAGAUCCUGCCUGUGGGUUUCCUGUUGAGGCAUCUGGCUGCCCACUGGGAGAACUGGAGAUUGGACUAGAUAGGCCACUGGUCUGAUCCAGCAGAGCUCUUCAUAUGGUGAAUUUUCAAGAAGAAAAUCCAUGGCAAUAUGGGGAACUGAACUUGAGUUUGGAAAUAUGAGAAAUCACACUGGCAGAUUUUGGCCCCCAUCCCUCUUCUUCCCCAGUGAGCCCAGGCUACUGUCCGAAGCUCUGCUCUGGACUGAAGGAGGCCUGCCAAGUGAGCUGUCUGGAUGACACCUGGUGUGGCCCGGGGGAGAAGUGCUGCCCUGACGAUUGCCACAUGCGCUGUGUGGCAGCUGCCCCAGGUAAGCGGAGGUCUUUGAGCUGGCAGAUCUCAGCUUGGGAGAGGGACGCUCUUGCCUGUCUUCCUAACCAAAGAAUCACAGAACUGUAGAUUCAGAAAGAAUCCCCAAGUCCAACCCACUACAAGGCAGGAAUCAGAGCUGAAGAACCCCUGACAGGUGGCCUUCCAACCUCUCCAAGAAGAGACACACCCUUCGAGGGAAGUGCGUUCCACUGUCAAACAACUCUUACUGUCCAAAUGUUCUUCCUGAUGUUUAGUCAUAAUCUCCUUUCUUGUAACAUGAAUCCAUUGGUUGAGUCCUACCCUCCAGAGCAGGAGAGAACAUGCUUGCUCUCUGUUCCAUGUGACAGCCCUUGAGAUAUUUGAAGAUGACUUUCAUAUCUCCUCUCAGACUCCUCUUUUCCAGGCUUUGUUGUUUAGUCAUUCAGUCGUGUCCGACUCUUCAUGACCCCCUGGACCAGAGCACGCCAGGCACUCCUGUCUUCCACUGCCUCCCACAGUUUGGUCAAACUCAUGCUGGGAGCUUCGAGAACACUGUCCAACCAUCUCGUCCUCUGUCGUCCCCUUCUCCUUGUGCCCUCCAUCUUUCCCAACAUCAGGGUCUUUUCCAGAGAGUCUUCUCUUCUCAUGAGGUGGCCAAAGUCUUGGAGCCUCAGCUUCAGGAUCUGUCCUUCCAGUGAGCACUCAGGGCUGAUUUCCUUAAGAAUGGAUACGUUUGAUCUUCUUGCAGUCCAUGGGACUCUCAAGAGUCUCCUCCAGCACCAGAAUUCAAAAGCAUCCAUUCUUCGGCAAUCAACCUCCCCAACUCCCUCCUCAAACUUGGUUUCCAGGCCCUUGAUCAUCUUGGUCACCCUCCUCUGCACACCUUCCAGCUUGUCAAUAUCCUUCUUGUAUUGUGGUGCUCAGAAUUGGACCCAGGGUAGAAUAGACCUUAUGCCACAUGCAUAAGAUGAAACAGAAAAUGGGAGAUUCAGACCAGUCACUAAAGGAAGGAAUCCUUCACUCUGCAUGCAGCUAAACUAUGGAAUUUGCUCCCACCUGGAGCAAUGAUGGCCACUCAUUUAUAUGGCUUUAAAAGAGGAUCAGACAAACCCAUGAAGCAAAUGAAGGCAAUUGAGAGCUGCUCCUAGGAACAUAAGCAGCUGCCUUAUUAUCCGUUGGGCCUCCUAGCUUAGCACUGCUUGCACAGACUGGCAGCAGCUCUCCAUGAUUUCAGGCAGACAUCGUGAUGUUGCUUUUUUUCAGGGGGCACUCCAGGGUAUGUAGUCUGGCACCUCUUUUUGUUGUUGUUAAAAAGUGUGGCACUUACUGCAACAACUUCAUGGCCAGCACCUAUUUUUCUAGGGGAGGGGAGCACUGCUGAUACCAGACAUUAUUUAUUUGCACAUGGCUUAACGCCCAGAUGUGCUGAGUGAAGAAAUCCUCCCUCUUCAAAUAUCUGCCCUGGCUGCCAAUUUGUUACCUGGCCAAAUUCAAAGGCUUCCCUUUGAGUAGAUAAAGCCCUCCAGAGCUCAGAGUCAGUUCAGUCCAAGAAUCGCCUUCCCCCGCAAUCUAAGUAUCCCGCCAACCGCUUUGACCUCUGUAAUGGGCACAUAACGUUCCUUCUCCGCUUGCGAGGGGUUGAGCUCUCCAGGUGGCAACAAUGACAACAUUCUGGCACUCGCUGCCUGCGAAAACGGUAGGUGCUCUCCGUGUUGCCUCUUCUAAAUCAUGGUGUUCAUGUUUAGGGAACAGACUGAAACAGGUCACUGGGACAGAAGAUUAAUGGCAGCGUUGAUGGGCAGAGGCAGGAAGAGGCCUGGCGGUCCCGAGAUCGGGGAGCAAAAUAAACACUCCAAAUCAAUAAACUUGCAUAACUAGCACCAGAGGACAGGAAUGUCGCUUCUGAGGAGGGGGAGGUAUGCGCACCCCAGGUCUCUGAGAAAUCUGCAUUCUGGGUCUAACCCAAAGUGUAGACACUGCAAUAUAUGUCAUACUGAAAGGCUCUUGAGCAGCAACCUUGGAGCAGGAGAACAAAGGCUUCGACUGAAUGGCAUUGUGCUUCUUUCUGCCCCAGUUAGGCCUGGCAUUUGCCCACGGAGGAUGGCAUGGCCGAAUGGCACCCCCUGCCGGAACCAAUGCGAAGAUGACAGAGACUGCCCUGAGGACCAGAAGUGCUGCUUUGCUGGCUGUGGCCUUGAAUGCCUGAACCUCUCUGCAGGUACCAGAGCCAUCUCAUGAGCAUCUCUGGGGCACAAAGCAUGGGGGUGGGGAGUUUCCGGGUGCUUCACUUUUCUGCGUCACAGGGGGAUGACCCUCACGGUCCCUUCAGUCUCUACAAUUCUAUCAUUCUGUGAUUCUAAACUCUCAGGUGCAUCCAGCCAAAGGUUGCAAACGCAGGCAUGGCCACCCCGUCUGAUUCUUCACCAUGACACCAAACUUGCUAGCCAGCUGGCCUCUCACAGAUCAAGCCAGGCCACCCAGACCUUAGCAGUCAGCUGCUUACAGUGCAAAUAGUUGCAGGUGGCUCAAGCAAGCAAGCCCAGCCACAUCAUACCAGAUGAGAAAAGAGGGGAACUCCCAGACUCUCCAAAUUGGGCACCCUUUCCUGGGCAGAAAAGUCCUGGACAGGCGAUGUCCUUCCUGGUUUCUGGUCCCCACAGAAAGCAAGUUUGGAAUGAAGCAGCCCUAGGGCAGGGCCGCAGAUCAGUGGCAGUGUGCCUGGUUUGCAUGCAAGGUUCAAUCCCCACUGGCAGCAUCUCCAGGUAGGGCUGGGAAAAAUCCCUGCCUGGAAUCCUGGAGAGCUGCUGCCAGUCAGUGCAGGCAAUGCUAAACUAAAUGGACCCACCGAUACUUACAGUUAUCUGUGUCACAUGACAAGGCAGGGAUGAAGGAGGUGCAGCGAUACCUGGAAAACAGUUGUAGGAGAGAGCAGAGGGAGGAGGGAGUUUUGUGCCAGUGACCCUCCUGCUAACCUUAUUUGCUCAAUGAAAUGCACCAGCAGGUUUUGUUUGCAAAACUCGCUGCUGGAUCUAAGAGAAGGUGGCCAGGAGCCAGUUCCCAAGGCUCUGAGAAAAUCCUCCGCAGCCAGUUAAGGCCUCUUCACACAACAAACCUCUGCCUUUCCCAACUGUCUCCCAGGAAUAGGGCUGAGCUCUGAGAGGCUGUGGGCCAGGGAGCCUGGAGAAUGGGAGAGGUUUGUUCCUGGACAGGGGUGUCUUUAAGCAUAGGGUUAAAAUAUGAAGGAUUUGGAAGAAAUGUACUCAGGUCUUCCCGCAUUGCCAGGAGGUCAUGGGACCAGUGGCCAUGAUCUUCGUUUUUUUGAUGUUGAGCUUCAGACCAUAUUUUGCUCCCUCCUCUUUCACCCUCAUAAAGAGGUUUUUUAAUUCCUCCUCACUUUCUGCCAUCAUGUUUACUAAGGAAAUAUUUAUCUGCUGCCCUUGCUAUCCAGGGCAGUUCGCAAUGACAUAAAACACAGCGAAAUAAAAGCAGCAGAGAAAACAACAACCGAAAGACAUCAUUGGAAAAGUUUUGAAUACGUGGGCUUGUGUGACCUGAAUGAAAAACAGUGCCUGGCAGGUCAUCUGUGCACAUGUGUCUCUUUAAUCACACAGUAAAUGUGGCACAUGGAACAAAUCAAAUGUAUUUUUUGGUACAGUGAUUUAUUUGUGCAAUUUAAAGGGUUGCCAGGCCCUUUCUCUCAUGUGCCUUAUUCAAACAAUUUUAAUGCUUCUCUCCCUUUUGAUUUAAAAUGCUAAACCAACUCCUGUUAUUAUUUAUCGUGCAGUUUCCCAGCAUAGAAACCCAGUAUACAGUCAUUAAAAUAUCAACAUCCAUAAUUAAACUAUGUUCCUCUUCAACCAGGCCUUUGGCUGAUUAAUAUUCUACAGCCUUUCAAAUGUGUUUUUACAGUGCUUUUUUCUGGGGGGACACAUACCCCAAACAUUUUGUGAAUCUUUGUACUUUUGUCCAUUUACAGUGUUUUUCCCAAUUUGAACUAUAAAACUGUGGUUUUCUUGAGUCAAAAUGAGAGUAACCCCUAAGCAUUUUUAAGGGGGGGAAAGCACUGUGUUUUUAGGUGGGGUGCUAUUGUUUUGUUGUUUUUGUUUUAACUACUUAUGUGUAUUUUUACCUUGUGAACUGCCCUGAUACACAGAUUAAAAAUUUUAAAAUAAAAUAAACGAAUGACAUUAAAACUUGUGGGCAUCGAAUGAAGCUGUGUUCUGGGCAGAUAAAAGACAGGGUUCUCGUCAUGCGGCACAGGGUUAACUUGUGGAACUCCCUCCUGCAGGAGGCAGUGAGCAAGGUUGUGACUGUGAACAACCCUCUUUCCCCCUCCAGAAAAUCCCGCUCCGUGUUCAGAGGCACCAGCCGAAACCACUCCAAAGAGCUGCAUUGAUUUCUGCAGGGAUAACUUUGACUGCCCAGCAGGCGAGAAGUGCAUCUCCACAGACUGCGGCUUCAAGUGUUCAGCGCUUCACCCAGGUACCUUGUCUUCCCCUUGUGGCACUCCUGAAAGGUCAAUUUCUUUCUCAAGCCACCGCAGGAAGGCUGGAGUCUGUCAGGUGACACACACACCCCCAGUAUAAACCUCUGCAUUGCAAGGGUUGGGCUGAAUGUCUUUUGGGGUUCCUUGCAGGUCUGCAAUUCAGUGAUACUAUUGUUCUAACAAAAUAAAAUAAAUUCCUUCCAGUAGCACCUUAGAGACCAACUAAGUUUGUUAUUGGUAUGAGCUUUCGUGUGCAUGAACACUUCUUCAGAUACCUUCAUGCCCACGACAGCUCAUACCAAUAACAAACUUGUUGUUUAGUUGUUUAGUCAUGUCCGACUCUUCAUGACCCCCUGGACCAGAGCACGCCAGGCACUCCUGUCUUCCACUGCCUCCCGCAGUUUGGUCAAACUCAUGUCCGUAGCUUCAAGAACACUGUCCAGCCAUCUCACCCUCUGUCAUCCCCUUCUCCUUCUGCCCUCCAUCUUUCCGGGUCUUUUCCAGGGAGUCUUCUCUUCUCCUGAGGUGGCCAAAGUCUUGGAGCCUCAGCUUCGGGAUCUGUCCUUCCAGUGAGCACUCAGGGCUGAUUUCCUUCAGAAUGGAUAGGUUUGAUCUUCUUGCAGUCCAUGGGACUCUCAAGAGUCUCCUCCAGCUCCAUAAUUCAAAAGCAUCAAUUCUUCGGUGAUCAGCCUUCUUUAUGGUCCAGCUCUCACUUCCAUACAUCACUACUGGGAAAACCAUAGCUUUAACUAUACGGACCUUUGUCAUUUAGUGAUGUGAUGUCUCUGCUUUUUAAGAUGCUGUAUAGCAGGAACUGGCAAGCCACUCCAGUAUCCCUGCCAAGAAAACUCCAUGGACAAAGACAACAGGCAUAUAACAAACUUAGUUGGUCUCUAAGGUGCUACUGGAAGGAAUUUUUAUUUUUUUAUUUUGUUUCGACUAUGGCAGACCAACACGGCUACCUAACUGUAACUAGAUCUAUUGUUCUAGUUCAGGGAUGCCCAACUCCCAAGAGACUGUGAUCUACUCCCACUAUGAAAACACUGGCAGUGAUCUGCCCAAUGGAUUGACCCAAGCUGUUGAGCUUGUUCAGUUUUUGGGGGGAGGAACCCCCACAGUUGUUCAGCUUCUUCUGGGGAGAUUUCAGCAAAGUUGUUGAGCUUUUUUGGAGGGGGGGCAGCGAUCGAUCAGGAUCAUGCAAUCAACCAGGAAGGCCCCGCGAUCGACCGGUAGAUUGCAAUCAACUGAUUGGACAUCCCUGUUCUAGUUGGUCUUAAUAAGAAGCGCUUCUCCUGCUCUUGAUUCUGCCCCACUUCUCCCCCCAGCUGCAUCCAAAACAAACACAGUGACGCCGAAAAUCGUGGGACCCACCUCAGCCACCGUUUCUGCACCUGGCCAGCCGGGCAAGGGCCCCAUCCUGAGCCCCCCACCUGCAGGUGAGUGACUCUGGAGGGAGUUCUGCUGGGAGUACUGGGGCUGCAAGGGCACAACCCUCCCCUGAAAACUCAAGAAUAUUUCCCCUCCCAAAAAGACCCUCCUCAAAAUCUCAGAGCCACACACCCUUUCCUGCUCCCCACACCCCUUAGAGUUCCUCUGUAGGGGCUCAUUCGCAAUUCACUUGUGCCUUGCCUAGAAAGCAUGACCACCAGGGGGAAAUUCCUGCUUGCUCCCAUUGAGCACCAGAGAGUGGUUUUCCCCAGGGGAGUUUUCUCCAGACUGCCAUGCUCUCUGGGUGAGGCACCAGUGAAGUGUGGAGGAGCCAAUAGAGGGGCAUCUCUGCCGGUCUCCCCUUCUCCUCCUCCUCAGUCAGCUCCUUGCACUGCUCUGCCAAUCCUCACCCAGGCAUGUAGCUAUGGCAACAAGGUCCCUCCCUCUUUCUGAGCCCUUGGAGGGGGGAGGAGGGGGAUGUGGAGUAUUUUGUGCCAGUUGGAUCUUGAAAUCUGUGCACCGUUUCAUGGUUGAAAAAACCCAGAAACAACCCUCAAAGCAGUUCACAAAGAGAAUGAAACAAUAAAAUGGUCAUUGAAAGCCACUCUUGAAAAGAUUCAAAAAAUAAGUUCUUCAAUAAACUAAAUACAGAUUAAAUGUGCACCAGCAGCACCCAAUGCGUCUGUGCCAGCUGGUCUAAACAAGAAUGCUUUCUUUUUUCUUUUCUUUUUUCUUUUUUUAUUAUAAAUAAUAAUAAUAAUAAUAAUUUUUUAUUUAUACCGUGCCCUUCCCAGUUCAGAAACCAGGCUCAGGGCGGCUAACAACAAAUUUAAAACACUUUCAAACGCUUAAUUAUAAAAGCAGCAUAAAAUACAAUAUAAAAACAUGAAUAGCAAUGAAAAUCAAAAAUCAAUUAGAUAAUCCCCAGGGCUAGCUGGCUGAAUUGGUCCUACUUGGGCCAGCGAGGAGACCAGGAGAGAAUUAGCUGUGGGGUCUCAGAGCGGGUGAUCUUCAUAAAAGGGGAGGGGGAGGGAAGAGAAGGGAAAUAAAAGAUCAGGCUGAAUUCAAAUUAAAGGUCAGGCGGAAUAGCUCUGUCUUACGGGCCCGACGGAAGGAGGUUAAAUCCUGCAGGGCCCUGGUCUCCUGGGACAGAGCAUUCCACCAGGUCGGAGCCAUCACUGAGAAGGCUCUGGCCCUGGUGGAGGAUAGUCUAACUUCCUUAGGGCCCGGGACCUCUAUGGUUAUUCAUGGACCUUAAGGUCCUCUGCAGGGCAGACCAGGAGAGGGGGUCCCGUAAAUACGAGGGCCCUAAGCCACAAAGGGCUUUAAAGCAUCACACGAUCGACCAGGAAGGCCCCGCAGUCGACUGGUAGAUUGCAAUCAACCGGUUAGACAUCCCUGUUCUAGUUGGUCCUGCUCUUGAUUCUGCCCCAUUUCCCCCCAGCUGCAACCAAAACAAACACCGUGGCACCAAGACUCGUGGGACCCACCUCAGCCACCGUUUACGCACCUGGCCAGUCGGGCAAGGGCCCCAUCCUGACCCCCCCACCUGCAGGUGAGUGACUCUGGAGGGAGUACUGGGGCUACAAGGGCACAGCCCUCCCCUGAAAACUCAAGAAUCUUCCCCCCCCCCAAAAAAAACCAUCCUCAAAAUCGCAGACCCACACACCUUUCCUGUUCGCCACACCCCUUAGAGUUCCUCUGUAGAGGCUCGUUCACAAUUCACUUUUUUGAAGUCAUCACUGUCCUUGUCUUUAAGUCUUUCAGUCAAUUUUGCCAUUUCAGCGUAUUCCACCAAUUUUUCUUGCCAUUGUUCUUUCGUUGGCAUUUCAUCACUUUUCCAUCUUUGAGCUAAUAAAAUUCUGGCUGCUGUUGUCGUAUACAUGAAUAGAUUCUCCUUAUCUUUUGGCAAAUCUUGUCCUAAAAUUCAUAAUAAGAAUUUGCUUGCUUAUUAAACAAGAAUGCUUUCAGCCGGCGCAGGUAAAGGCGGCCACUUGAUAUCAAGAGGCAGACAGUUCCCAAGUUCAGGUGCUGGAACAUCCAUGUCUUACAAAGCCAGAAUGGGGUUUGUGCAGAACCACUAACAGUGCCGGUUCUGGUGGUCAAAGUGGUCAAACACUGAGAAAGGCAAAGUGGGCAUCUACGCGGUAACCAAUGAACAAGUUUUAAUCGUGGAAACAAAUGGAAUUCCUAAACUCUCCCCCUCUGCUUCCCUCUCCUGUCAGAGGCCGAGCGGCCUGGAGCCUGCCCUGUCGUGCCCCCAAAUGCCCCACAGUGGUGCUGGCAGGGGUGUAGGGCUGACAGCGAGUGCCCCGGAGCAAGGAAGUGUUGCUGGAAUGGCUGUGCCCGCGUCUGUUUGGUGCCUCUCCUGGGUAAGUUGCCUCUUGGAGGGGGUUACGGGUCAGGUGUAAUAAUAAUAUAAUAAUAAUUUACUAUUUGUACCCCGCCCAUCUGGCUGGGUUUCCCCAGCCACUCUGGGCAGCUCCCAACACAACAGUAAAAACACAAUAAAACAUCAAACAUUAAAAACCUCCUGAUACAGGGCUGCCUUCAGAUGUUUUCUAAAUGUCAGGUAGUUGUUUAUCUCUUUGACAUCUGGUGGGAAGGCGUUCCACAGGGCGGGUGCCACCACUGGGAAGGCCCUCUGCCUGGUUCCCUGUAACUUGGCUUCUUGCAGCAAGGGAACCACCAGAAGGCCCUCGGUGCUGGACCUCAGUGUCCGGGCAGAACGAUGGGGGUGGAGACGCUCCUUCAGGUAUUAGGGAUGCUGCAGAAACAUGCUUCAUUCUGCACCAUGCGCAUGAGGAGUGUGGCUUUCAGAGGACACAUGAGAACAGAGGCAGCUGUGGUGCACUAAUGUGGUUUUUAGCAGGCUAUGAAAGAAGAUCAGAUGAAUUCAUGGAGGAGGAGGAGGCUGCCAAUGAUUGCUCCACGAAUGGAGGCAGUAACGCUUCUGAAUCCCAGUUGCUGGAAACUGCAGGAGGGGGAAAGGGCUAUAACAGUAAUAAUAAUAUUUUAUUUAUAUCCCACCCUCGCCAGCCGAAGCCGGGCUCAGAGCGGCUAACAACAGCAAAAUGAUAAAACAUUAUAAAAUCAUUUCAUUAUAAAAUUAAUUCCAAUCAGAUUAAUGGCAACCAUUGGGCUAGAGUUCUGUGGGGAUUACCAAAGGAGGGGGUCAGACUGUGCCCUGGCGGAACAGCUCUGUCUUGCAGGCCCUGCGGAAAGAUGUCAAGUCCCGCAGGGCCCUAGUCUCUUGGGACAGAGUGUUCCACCAGAUCGGGGCCACAGCUGAAAAAGCCCUGGCUCUGAUUGAGGCCAGCCUAACCUCCCUGUGGCCCAGGAUCUCCAAGAUGUUUUUGUUUGAAGAUCAUAGGGUCCUCCGUGGGACAUACCAGGAGAGGGUAUACAUAAUCCGUAGGUACGAGGGUCUUAGGCCAUAUAGGGCUUUAAAGGUUAAAACCUGCACCUUAAACCCGAUCCUGUACUCCACCGGUGGUAUAGCACUGGGUGAAUGUGAUCCCGUGGGGAGGACCCUGUAAGGAGUCUUGCCGCGGCAUUCUGCACCCGCUGAAGUUUCUGGGUCGGUCUCAAGGGCAGCCCCACAUAGAGCGAGUUAACAAUAAUCAAGUCUGGAGGCUAUGUGCCGAACAACUGCUUGCAAGAUUUCCAUUGGGGCAUCUGAUUAGCCACUGUGAGAACAGGAUGCUGGACUUGAUGGGCCAUUGGCCUCAUCCAGCAGAUGUUCUUCUGAUGUUCUUAAUGGUAUUUUACAUAGAAACAUGGGAAGUUGCCUUAUCCAAUGUCAGACUAUUGGUCCAUUAGUUCAGGAUCUUCCACAGUCGCCUGGUUCACACAUAACACAAAACCAUGGGUUGCUAAGCUAUGGCUCAGUAAGCUGUGGCUUUCUGCUGUGUGUGAACGCAGCUCAGGAGCUUCCUUGAGGUUUAUUAACUAUGGCUAGAGGCUUGUAGUUGGUUUACAAACCAUUGUUAACAUUAACCAUAGCUUAGUGUGGCAUGCAAACCCCAACCUCCUCUUUAUUUAAGGAGCAGUCCUUGCCCAAAAAGUAUCCAGAAACUUCUCUAGUUGUUUUUCCUGCAUUGCAAGGAGGUUGACUAGUAUCAAUCCCCACCUGGAUCUUCAGGCAGGUCUGGGAGAGACUCCCUGCCUUAACCCCAGAGAGUUGUGGCCGGUCAGUGUGUGGACAUUACUCAGGGCCCUCUUUAGCAUAUGCACCGCCGGGGGGCAAAGAUGUGCCCAGCGCCCCCAAAUUUAGUUUAGCCUCCAAAUUAACUUUUAUUAUGCUUAUGUCAGACACCAUGCUUAUGCCUUAUCUCUUGUUUACGAAGGAAGGGAGGAAAAAGAAACAAACUUUUUUAUUUGCCCAUUUAUUCACAAUAUACUUAUUCUUAAGUAUACAACACCACCACACUUAAACUUAUAAGGAUUGUUUGGGCACGUACAUAGGAGAAACAUCAGUCGUGUCAAAGGUGCCACUGACCCCUGUGCUGCAUAGCAGCUCAAUACAAUAUGUAACAUAACAAGAGUUAAUUUCACGUGCAUGGCGCCGUUGAGAAUAACACGCGCCAUUGUAUGGGACCACAAGUUCAUCGAGGACUGGGGAAAAUUUGCAGAAUAUCUGAAAAGUAUAUGUGACGAACAAACAACGCUAGUGGGAUUUAAAGAGGCUUUGUGAAAGUUAGAGGAGUAUUGUUAAACAGAAAUAGGACAGUAAGAGUAAUAUUAAAAUGCAAUAUUAAAUUUAGAAAAUGUGUAAAAAUGGGAAAAUAUGGAUGAUUGGCAGAGAAGCUGAUGGAAGUCCAAAAAGUUGAAAUUUGUGAAAAUUGUUUGAUAUGGUGAAUUUGUAUAAUGGAAAAAAUUUUUAAAAAUUAUUUUUUUAAAAAAGAGAGAGAAUAACACGCGCCGUUGUUGAGUCUGACAAGCACCGCCAUUAUGAAUGACAAGCGCCACUUCUGGCGCAGCAUGGCUUUGGUAAAUGAGCACAGAAAGCUGAAAGUCCUUUAGUGAAACAGUAGGGAUACAUUUCAGUAAUACCUAGGUAUAUAUGUAUUUUGUUUUUCUAGCUUGAUCAAAAUUAUUUAUUAUUUCAUAACAGGUAGAUACAGUGGUACCUUGGGUUACAUACACUUCAGGUUACAUAAGCUUCAGGUUACAGACUCCGCUAACCCAGAAAUAGUACCUUGGGUUAAGAACUUUGCUUCAGGAUGAGAACAGAAAUUGUGCUCUGGCGGCGCAGCGACAGUGGGAGGCCCCAUUGGCUAAAGUGGUGCUUCAGGUUAAGAACAGUUUCAGGUUAAGUAUGGACCUCCAGAAAGAAUUAAGUACUUAACCCGAGGUACCACUGUAGUUAAGAGGUUAGGCGGCUUCAGCGCCAGGCGCCUGGUGCCCCCCAGAAUUCGGUGCCCGGGUGCCCCACACCCCUUGUGGGUGAAGACGGCCCUGACAUUACUGAGCGAGAUGAGCCAAUGGUAGCUUCCUAGGUUAUCUCCUGGUCACCAUCUCCCAGCUCCUUCUCUCUGGGAAUUGCACUGCCCAGCCAGAUGGACGCUGGAAAGCUUUCCUGCUUCAUUCGUCCCCUGACCCCUCUCCAGCCUGCUCUGGUGGGAUCCUCACCACCGUUGCCUUUGUGCCUCAGAGGUCCAUGGGCUUUGUGUGUUGCAGUGAAGCCCGGAGCGUGUCCUUUGCAGCUCAGGGGCUCCAUGGGGCCUUGCCCGGAACCAUCCCUGAAGAACUGCAGCCAUGACUUUGACUGUGAGGGCACCAAGAAAUGCUGUUCCAUCAGUUGCACCAAUGUCUGCAAGGAGGCGGAAGAAGGUAAGGCUGCCCUGCUUCUCCCCAGGCUCUGGGGGCCACACAAACCCAUCCUGUCUCUUCCCCUCCCUUCCAGUUCCUGGGCCUGGCUAGGAGAGCUCUUGGUGGCCACACUGAGGGGCCACACACUGGGAGGCCAGCAAGUUUGGAGACAGAAGUUAAUGGGCCGCUGAGUGGAAAAAGACUGGGUGAUCCACAGGGCUGCAUCCUGCUCAAGGCUUAAACAAACUCUGCCACAUUUAACCCGGGGAUCUGCUCUAGUCUAUAUUUUGUUCCUCUCCUGACUCUUGACUCAGAAAGGUCGUUUCCAUAAAGUACUGCAUUCAGAUUGCUAUACGAUUACUGUGUCACCAAGUAUGAUUACAUUUUCACUAAAGGUUACAUCUGCUGAGUCUGUACUGUUACUCUGCUUUAAAAAAGAUAUUUUCAUUGCUGUGCAGAGGACGGGGUCAAGAUGACAAAGGGCCUGGAGAGAGAGAGAGAGGAGAUAUGAGAGCAAUCUUCAAAUAGGGUUGCCAUAUUUCAAUAAGUGAAAAUCUGGAGCUUUUUUGGACAAAGUUGUUGAGCUUUUUUGCAAAAUCUCAAAAAAAAACAAACCAAAAAACACCCCACCACGUUUUUGAGCUACAAAAAAAUACGGUAUUUUUUAAGGAGGAAUGUUAAGAAAUAGGACACUAUUUCUGAUGGGCGAUUGGCAGUCCUGUCUUCAAAUUUCUGAAGGGAUGUCACAUGGCAGAUGGAACAAACUCAUUUCCCUAUCCUCCUGAGGCUGGGAUCUGAAUCAAUGGCUCCACAUUGCAAGAAAUGAGAUUCUGCCUAAACAUCAGGAGGAACUUCGUAAGGGUAAAAUCUGAUUGACAACAGAACUGACUCCUUUGGAGGGUGGUGGAAUCUCCUUCCAUGGAGGUUUUCAAACAUAGGUUGGAUGGCCAUCUGUCAGGGAAUCUUUAACUGUGAUUCCUGCAUUUGGAGGGGGGUUGGACUAGAUGACCCCCAGGUUCCCGGCCAACUUUGCAAUUCUACUACUCUUACCUACAAGUAAGAGCCUCCGCCAUUGUGUUUUGGGUUUUGGGAGCCUGGACAGUUGGGGCAUUGCUAGGCCCUAAAGAGAUUCGGUUUGCAGUCCUAUGGCCCAAAUCAUAGCUGUCAACUUACAGAUUUGAAAAUAAGGGACCAGCAGCCUCGAAAAUAAGGGAUCAGCAGCCAAAAUAAGGGAUUUUCCGGGCACAGGUAUGUUCAACUUCUGAGCCCCUCUGAGCCGAAGGCAGAAAGCCCAGCCAGCAGCCAAAUGAAGCCUCAUCAAUAAGGGACAGCAGCGGGACAUGGCGCUGGGAUAAGGGACUGUCCCGCCAAAUAAGGGACACUUGACAGCUAUGGCCCAAAUUUGCACACAACUUGCAUAUGCUAAUUUAUAUGUAUAGAUUCAAAUUCUGGAAGUAAAUCCACCGUUCGUGCCAAGAAAAGUAGGGGGAAGGAGAAAGAGAGUCCUGGGGCUGCCCACUGCAGCCACCCCCUCUGACCCCAGUUUCUCCCUCUUCCCUUUUGAUUCCCCCCCCCUUAGUGCGCCCUGGGACCUGCCCCCUCCAAGCUGCAAAGAGCCAGGAGCCGGACUGCUCCACCUUGACCUUCUGCGUCAGAGACAACGACUGCUCCGGGCCCAGCGAGAAGUGCUGCUGGCUGAGUUGCGGGUGGGUCUGCCUGGCUGUCACAGGUGAGGCUCCCCCAGGUGAGGCUGAGGAUUGGCUGGGGAGGGCAGAGGAUACUUGGGGGGGGGACAUGAACUGGGCACAUCCUGGAGUCCGGGCUGGUGAUUGGAGGUUCCUUUGCCCAUUUGGGGGUGGCACCUCCACUAAUUAUUCCCCUUAUGGUUUUGAUUUAUGGGCUACUUUUAAAAUGAGGCUGCUUUUUAAAUUGCAUUUUAACCUGUAUUUUAAAUUGGGGUCCCCCACCCAUUAUGUUUCCAUUGUAAUUUUACUGGUGUUAGCUGCCCUGAGCCCAGCUUUGGCCACGGAGGGCGAGGUAUAAAUAAAAAUUAUUAUUAUUAUUAAACGCCAGGGGUUUCUCUAUAACAAGAACUUUGGCUGAUUAAUCAAUCUAUAGCCUUUUAAACGGUGUGUGGAGGGGUUCUUGUUUUCGUUUGCUAUUAUGGUAUGUAUUUUUGUUUUUUUAUAUAUUAUGAACCACCCUGUGAACUGCUGGUGAAGGGUGGUAUAGGGAAUGAAUUAAUGAAUGAAUGAGGUUAAGUCAAGGAGCACCCUAGACUGUAAUCUGGACUGCUGAAUGGAGUCAUGCCCCAUCCAAAACAGGCUGGAUCCAUGUUAUGAUGGAUGUUUAAUGCUGUAUUGUUUUAAACACUCGAUUGGAAGCCGCCCAGAGUGGCUGGGGAAACUCAGGCAGAUGGGCGGGAUAUAAAUAAUAAAUGAUAAUAAUAAUAAUAAUAAUAAUAAUAAUAAUAAUAAUAAUAAUUUAUACCCCGCCCAUCUGGCUGGGCUUUCCCAGCCACUCUGGGCGGCUUCCAAAAAAAAAUAUUAAAAUACUGCAAUACAUCAAACAUUAAAAGCUUCCCUAAAGAGGGCUGCCUUCAGAUGUCUGAUGAUGAUGAUGAUGAUGAUGAUGAUGAUGAUGGGCACCUUUGUCUGGUCUGGAUUAAGCUGCCAUUUGUUCAAUCUCCUGUGGCCCAUUGCUGCCUCCAGGCAACAUUAAUGCCAAGCCGUUGAUAAUACUCUUCUCUUAGAUAGUCCAGCUAUGGAACCACCGACAUUCAGCGCUGAAGCCCAGACAGAACUUGGAGCCAAAGGUUGGUAGAGAGAAAGAACAGAAGGAAGAAGGGAGGGGGCUGCUCCUUUUCUCCCCCCCCCCCCAGGUGGACUUAUAAAAGGAUCCCUUUGCCCCCAGGAUAUCAAGGGUCCCAUUUUAUUCUCACCUUUAUAUCCCACCUUUUCCUCCAAGGACCUCAAGGUAACAUACAUGCUUCCUUGCUUCCUCAAUGAAACCCCACAACAACCUUGGGAGGUAGGCAAGGCUGAGGGGAGCUUCAUGGCUGAGGGGGAGAUUUGAACCCUGGUCUCUCCCAGGUCCUAAUUUGACUCUCUGACCAUUUCACCAUGCCAGCUUUUAUCAUUUCCCACUGAAACCCUUCCCUCUUCUGUCAGAAACUCUGCCAUUGGAGACUCUUUAGAGAGAGGCAGUCUUUUUUUUUCUUCAAAUUUUUUUAUUGAUUUUCCAGAUUUUUCACACAUGACAAAAAACAUGACAAAGCACACAAGAGAGACAAUAAACACAAAAUAAAAUUAUUACUUCAAAUACCUAAAUCUCUUAACAUUGGUAACUGACUUCCUCAAAUCCCCUCUAUCUGAAUUUCAUUGUAUCACCUGUAUAACUGUUCUCCAAUUUCAUAUUUCUAAUAAUAUUAACUCCUUUCAUGUCUAACCUCUUCUCUUUUAUUAUUAUUCCAAUCAUUAAUAUUUACUACCACAUAUUCUUAUUCUACCCCUAAGCCUAUUUGUUACUUCCAAGAAUUUUCUAUUUAAUCUUAUAUUACAAAUAUUCUUUAAAUAUUCUUUAAAUUUCUUCCAAUCCUCUUGUGUCUCCUCUUCUUUCUGGUCGCGGAUUCUUCCAGUCAGGUCAGCCAGCUCCAAAAAACCCAACAUCUUCAUCUGCCAAUCUUCUAUUGUUGGUAUUUCUUGCUAGAGAGAGGCAGUCCUGUACACCCAGAAAAUUGCCCAAAUUCCAAGAACCAAUUAAAUAUCAAGGAUUAAGGUGUCCAUCUACAGCUUCUUGUUUCUUUCACGGUGCUUUUCCCCAGGGGCUCCAACUCUUACGCCUCUUCUGAGGAAAACAGAGAAGCCAACAGAGUCACCGAUAUCAGCAGGUAAGGAGGACGAGAGAGAGGAGAGCCUUCGCCAACGUGGCACCUGCUAGACAUGAUGGACUGCAACCCUUUCUGACCAAUGAGGGGCCAGAGCUGGUUGCUCAGGUAGCUCACGUCUCUCAGGUGGGGAUGGGGGAUAGAAAGACACAACCUUCCUGAAGGACCUUCACCUGCUGCCCCCCCAAAAGUGAAUAGUGAAACUUCAUGCAUUCUUUGUAUAAAGAUCAAUGAAAUAUAAAACUAUUCACUUUCAGAAAACCACUAAGCAAAUAGACCAACAAGGUCUCCCUACACCAGAUAAUCCUGGCAACAAAUGAUUUGUAGGUCCAGUUUUUGGAAAAUCAGCUCUUCAAAAAUGCAGAUCCUUAAAACAUCAGAAGCGAGAGUGUUUCUUCCACCUAUAAAGGCAUUUAACUGACAGAUGGGAUUUUUUUCCUUCCCUGUAUUUCUCAAUUUUUGAUCUCCUAAUACUCAUUCUAGUCCCUGCAUGCUAGUUGUUUCAGUUCAUGUUGAUGAUUAACGAUCUCUUGCCUGUUAUCUAUGCUGCUCUAAAAUGUGAUUUAUUUAUUUAUUUUAAAAAACUGUACUUGUUGUAUUGGACUUCUAUCUAUAAUAUUUUUUAGGAUGUUGUAAACACUUAGGAGAUUUUCCUUGAAAAACGUAGCAGUUCAUUCAUUAGAAUGAUGCUUUGCAGGGUUAAAGAAAGAGAAAAAUGGUGCGAAAAGUAUAAAGAUAGAGGUAAUCUACAUUAGACACAACAACUUAGAAAGAGUAAAAAUUUCGAGGUCUUAGAACAAAGGAAGGAAGUCAACAUGUGUAUAUGUAGGUAAUGACUAGAUUAGAAUGAUGAUAUGGUUUUAUUUGUAGAUGUGUGUUUUUGCUUUAUGUUUUUUUGGGGGGUUUUCUUUUUUUUCUUUUGUGUUUUCUUUUUUUUUCUUUUUGCUUGUUAGCACUGUUUUAUUUUGGAUUCAAUGUUUGUAAUUUUUGUUGUAAUUUUGCAUUGAAAUUUUUUAUUUUAUUUUUUUAAAAAAUGCCACUUGGAUCUCUUUGGAGAAACAGGUAGGAUAAAAAUACAAAACAUUGAGCAUGAACAAUGAAAAGAAAGAAAGAAAGAAAUACGUAGCGGUUCAUAAAUGACCUGAAUAUAAGUAUAUACAACUCCCAGCAGCCCCAGCCCAAUCAACUGUGCUGAGGAAGGCAUUGGGGGAGAACACUGUGUGUGUGUGGGGGGGGUGAUUUCUGCUUCUCCCAUCCCAGCACCUGAGGCAAUGUGGAGUCAGCCUGAGCCCAGAGCUUUUGGCCAGGGGACUCAAGCCUUUCCAUUCUCAGGUGUCUUUCCGUUUGCACAGCAAAGCCAGGCCAUUGCAGGGAGUCGGCAUACAAGUGUGGGAAGACAAUGCUCACCUAUGAAUGCAAGAGCGACAGCAGCUGCAGUGGGACCAUGAAGUGCUGCCUGAGUGGCUGUUCCUGGAAGUGUGUGGAGCCAGGUAAGGGCAGUCAGACCCCACCCCCACCCCCCAAGAGGAGGUCACUCAGCUUUAUCCCUUUGCAACAGGAGCCUUUGCUCAACACCCACAAUUCCAGCUGCUCUGGACAAAAUGCUCUUAACCGUGAUGAGUUGCAAAGCACCAAAAAGAUUGUGGAGGCCAGAAUUCAUAGAACUGCAGAAAUGGAAGGGGCCCCCCGGGGGUCAUCUAGUCCAACCCCCUGCAGUGCUGGCAUCACAGCAUCAAAAUCCCCAACAAAUGGCUAUUUAAUAUCAUGCAUGAAACAACUGCAAUCUAUAAAACGCUAUUAAGACAGCAGCAACUAAAAAAAAUAAGCCAAACAUCACAAUUACAGAAAAAGGCGUAUCACACGAUUAGCAAUUGAUAUGGCAUUAAUAAUAAUAAUAAUAAUAAUAAUAAUAAUAAUAAUAAUAAUACUUUAUUUAUACCCCGCCCAUCUGGCUGAGUUUCCCCAGCCACUCUAUAAUCUAUAAAAGAGCAUUAACAAAACAGCAACUAAAAAAAUAAGCUGAGCAUUGUUAAGUUAAGUCCAUGCCCCCCGUGAUUCAUAAUCUUUCUAUUCAGUUCACUACACAUAAAAUACUCAUAAUGCCCGUUGUUAAGACAGCUCACCCAAAUGCAACAUGGGCUGGGGUCCUCUGGUCCUCCAUGAUCAUGAAACGAGUGACCCAGUUAAAUCAUGGGUGUUUUUUCCAUUAUGUUUUAUUACAUUAUUGUUAUUUAAUGUUUGUAAGCUGCUUUAAGAUUCAUUUCAAUGAAAAGCAGCAAGGAAACACAAUAAAUCAAAUCAAACCAGGGGCGGGGGAGGCUAUUUAAUCUCUGUUUAAAAACCAUCAUUGAAGGAGAGUCCACCACCUUCCAAGGUGGUCUUUCCCAUCAUCAAGCAGCUCUUGCCAUCAAAAGGUUCUUCCUAAUUUUGAGUCAGAAUCUCCUUUCAUAUCAUUCAAAUCCAUGGGUUUGAGUCCUCUCCUCUGGAGCAUCAGAAAGCAAGCUUGCUUCCUCAUCCAGGUGACUUCAGAUAUUUGAAGAUGGCUAUCCUAUCGCUUCUCAGUCUCCUCUUCUUCUGGCUAAACAUUCCCAACUCCCUCAACUGUUCCUCCUAAGGCUUGGUUUCCAGACCCUUGAAUGUCUUGGCUGCCCUCCUCUGUACCCCAUCCAGCUUGUCCAUAUCCUUUUUUUAUACAUGAGAAGGUCUAGGAAACUUCCAAGCUGCUUAAACCCAGUGAGCUGCAUUUCCUGCAGUAUUGGUCCUGUAUGAAUCUAGAAAAGUCUCUGCAAGGGGGUGGAGUCUAGAAUAGGGGGUCAGGAGAUAGAGGUUUCAAAAACAUCAAUCUGCGCUCAUCAUUUUUGGGAGCAAGUGGCUCGCUUGGAGCUAUCCAUGGUACUGAAGCACCAACUUCACCUGUGGGCUCCUGCAUCAGUCUUGAACCUGAGGUCAGCAGUCUGGGUUCUUCCCAUGGUGAAUUGUGGCAAGACCAUAUUUAGCACAAUCUGCUCAGCCAGCUGACAAUACUGUCCUUUUCUGAUUACCCACACACUCCAAAAAAAGUUACAGGUAGGUAGCCGUGUUGGUCUGCUGUAGUCGAAACAAAAUAAUAAUAAUAAUAAAAAAAUUCCUUCCAGUAGUGCCUUAGAGACCAACUAAGUUUGUUAUUGGUAUGAGCUUUCGUGUGCAUGCACUAUCUGAAGAAGUGUGCAUGCAAAGUGUCUCUGAAGAAGUGUGCAUGCACACGAAAGCUCAUACCAAUAACAAACUUAGUUGGUCUCUAAGGUGCUACUGGAAGGAAUUUUUUUAUUUUGUUUCGACUCUUAAAAAAGCAUUUGAUGAAUCAGAAGAUGCUGCAGUCUUGUAAAGCCAUUUCUAAAUAUGUGUAACCAGGACAAAAUAGGUGGUCAUAAUUUUCAAGCCGUUUUCUACUUACACAGUUAUGAACUCCGUGUUAAGAAAAAGUUUGCAGUAAAGUGAAGCAGCAUUGAAAAGAAUGUUUUACCCAUUUAAAAAAUAAUAAUAAUGAAAUGCCAUAAUGGGAAGAGGGCCAAGCUCUUGGCUUACAAGCUGUUUCACAGGUGUUGCAAGGGGUUGGACUAGAUUACCCUUUGUGCCCCUUCCAGUUCUGCAAAAAUUGGGGAUGAGAUUAUGGAACUAAGGAGGCAUUGGCCCAGAAAUCCCAGCCUUAAUGUGUCUGAGGCUAUGAUUCACUAAAAAUUUCCUAUUCACCUGUCACUUGUGUGCAUUAUCUUUUACAGGUGUGAUGACCAAGAAGGCCUCUGUCUACAGAGUUCAUAAAUAACCAGUAGAACCCAUAGGCUGCUUAAAAUGAAGUAAAUAUUUCACCUGGAAUUUAACACUCUUAUUUUAACUGUUGACACUGUUAUGCUGAAACGGAAGGGAACAAAUAAAGUUCAAUAUUUAA